GUUUCUGAUCCUGAAACUGCUGUUGGUGACACAAACCAACCGUCCCCAAUUAAUCUCGAUGGCAUCAGCGCUGAAGAUUCAGCGAAAAUAACUAAACAAGAAAUGAUCUCUAAUAUUACAGAGACUGACAAUGACGACUCAGAUGAUAUGGAAUUAUUUUCACUCGAAGAUGCUUAUGUUCCAUUGACUCCAAGACAAAUUUUGGUAUUGGAAAACGAAGCUCACAGAACACUAAAGCAUGAACUGAUGAGUUUAGAUGUUCUCUGUCAUGCUCUUGGUAUUAUCUACGAAGAGGAAGAACAUGAAUUAUCGGAAGACGAGAACCUCGAUCAUACAAAGAGUAUAUCGGAACAAAAUAUCUCUUCUUCUCAUCAGUUAAAUGACGUUAAUCAAUUGGAACAGCAAAGCUUUGAAUCUACUUUGCUAACAUCCUCGAUGACAAUCGACAUUGAAGGUGAUAAUUGUAUUGGAAUUAAGUGUGAUCCAUCUGUUAUUUCACGGAUGACAAAACAAUCAAGAGAGAUGACAGAAUUCGUUGAAGGUAAGGUUACAAAUAGCAGAUUGCAAAGAAUUAUUAAAUUUUCAAAACAAUUUAUUGAAAAAUUGUUAACGAAAUACAAUCGAAUUUAG